AUGUCUCAUCUACCGAAGAAACGUCAGGUGCUCCGGUCCCAAGUGACCCGAAUCAUCACCGAAGCCAACAGUCUACUGAGCGGGACUGGAGAAGCCACAUUGGACGCUCUCGAUGUGUUGAUCGAACGGCUUCAAGCGUGUCACCAGCAACUUAACGACGUAGACGCUGAAAUCGAACACAGCGAGAUCGAACAGAGCGAAGAGGAUUUUACGCGCACAUAUGAAUACAACGACCGUGUGAUUACCUGCAUCGCCAGACUGAAAUGCAAGAAGAAUGGAUCUGUACAAACUGGAAUACAGACCACUUCUACGACGAGAUCGACGGCAGUCAAGGUGAAACUCCCUAAAUUGGAGUUAUUGAAGUUCGACGGCAAGCAGCGAAAUUGGCAGGCCUUUUGGGAACAAUUUCAACGGCUGAUCCAUCAGAACGAAGAUCUGACCCAGAGUGACAAGUUCAGUUACCUAAAGUCGGUAUUAGUCGGCGAGGCAGCAGCUGCUAUAGCAGGUCUGCACUUGUCAGCAGAAUGCUACAAGGACGCAGUAGAGUUGUUGCAGCAACGUUAUGGGACGGAAACUGCCAUCAUUCAGGAUCACAUGGAAGCACUUUUGAAUAUUCGUCCCGUACGAUUGUCCGAAGACGUACGCGAGCUUCGUAAGCUCUAUGACAGACUCCAAGCCCACAUUCGCGGACUGAAUGUCCUAGGUGUGAGUGAAGACUCUUACUGUUCACUGCUGUACCCUGUACUGCUACGCUCGUUACCGAGAGACAUUGUGCUGCAAUAUCACAGAAAAUCGGCAAUGGCAUCCAUCCCGGUGGGAGUUCCAUCUGAUAUUCAAGCUGGAGACAGCGCCGGAACGGCAAGAAUUUCUGACCCUGCUGUGAGGCAAUACCGGAAGAAGGUGUCAGACCUACUUCAACUGGUUAGAAUUGAAGUAGAAAGCCGGGAGCAGGCAACAUCUACCCAAAAAACCGACGACAAGGGACAGUACAAGACUUCUCACGACCGCAAACGCCAGCCAACAGCUUCAGUAGCCGCACUGCAGCACUUGGCUGGGAAGACACGCUGCACAUUCUGUUCGUCACAACAGCAUGAGACGGAGAAUUGUGAUUCUGACAUUCCGUUAACGAAGAAAAAGGAGAUUCUCAGAGCUGAGCGGAGGUGCUACCGAUGCACUAAACUUAAUCAUCAAUCCAGGGAGUGCAAGAGCAGGUUGCGUUGCAGGAAAUGCACAGGCCGACAUGCAGCUUCAAUGUGCGAUCCAAGCUACGCGUCGAAAAAAGGAUCGAAAGAAAUUGACGGGGAUCAGGACUCUGUCGCAACGCCAACGACGUCCGUUAGCCUACAUUCAGCUGCUGACAAUUCAAGGAGGGCUACAGUUCUCCUUCAGACUGCGACGGCUAUGCUGGCUGGAGAAAUAUCCACGACACUUGCCAGAAUCAUGUUUGAUGGCGGGAGCCAGCGGUCCUUCAUAUCAAGGAGGAUGGCGAAGAAACUGGGGUGCAAGUAUUUGGAGACCGAGGAGCUUACGGUUGAAGUGUUUGGAGGCCACCUCACAGAACGGAGCUUCAGGAGAGUACGAUUGUCAAUGAGCAGUCGUAAUGGAGAAAAGAGCUUCGAGAUUGAAGCAUUGGAAACCGACAGCAUUUGCGAGCAGAUUCUUCCGAUGAUUGACAAAGAUAUACAAAGCAAGCUGAACGACAAGAAUCUGGAGCCAGCUGAUGUUAUUCAGACCGAUUCCAAAGAGAUCGCAGUGCUCAUAGGAUCCGACUAUUAUUGGGAAGUCGUCAGCGGGAAGGUGGAAGACCUCGGCAAGGGACUGAGGGCCAUCGAAACGUCCUUCGGCUGGUGUGUUCAGGGUCCCAUCCCGACAGGCGGAAAUGUUGUACACUGUGACAAGACGGUAGUGCUGCGGACGGUGACGCAAGAGCGGCCACUGGAAGAGCUCGUGACAAAGUUGUGGGAUUUGGACAGCCUGGGAAUACGUGAGACAGAAAACGAUGAUACGAGGGAUAACGACGUUGUAACGUCGUUCAUGGAGACUGUGGUGAAGGUCGAAGAUGGCUAUCAAGUAUGCCUACCGUGGAAAACGGAAGUGGAUCUGGAGAGCAACGAGGCCGUCGCCCGAAAGCGACUUCAUCAACUCCUGAGGAAGCUUACACGUGACCCACAGCUCAUGAGCGAGUAUGACAACGUCAUACGGCAGCAGCUACGCAGCGGUAUUGCGGAGGUGGCAAGCCCACAUCAAUCAUCGCAGGGCAGGACGUACUACAUGCCCCAUCAGGCGGUAAUCAGAGAAGGCGCCAGCACGACAAAGCUGCGGGUCGUAUUUGAUGCCUCGUCAUGA